GUGCUUUGCGCCGCUGCCUGGCGACGGAGCGGCCGGGCGCCUAGCGUGGGAGACGGAGGCGUGGACUGAGCCGGCGGGGCGGGGCUCCUUCGGACGAGAGGCGGGGCUCCUCGCCCACUGCUUAGCUCGUCUGGAGCUGCGACUUCCCGCGGGCCUUGGCGUGCUAAUAACUUGGUUUCUGCUUUGGUUUAGAGGAAUCGCGGCCAUCUGUUGCCGCAUUCUCCCACUAAUCUUUUUAGCCUUCUCAACUUUGUAAUAAUGGUAUUAAGGAUAGCUGUUACCUAAAGUUUUUUAAUACAAACUACUUUGCCAGCAUGGUGCUAAAGCUGGCAACAUCGACACAGGCAUGACUAGACCUCUGGGCUCAAUUCGGGCUGGUUGGGUAACAAAAGGGCAACACCCAGCCGUUUGUAAGAGUAACGUAACUUUACAUAAGCAUUCAAAAACAAACCCUGUUACAGUUGUAUUUGUUUUUUGUUUCAUUGAAUUGUUCAUCGUGCAUCUUUCCUAGUCAAAAAUAUUUUUCAUGGUUUUGCAGUGGCUUUUUAAGUUCUAUCAUUUUUCUAUUACAUAUGUAGAAAUUGUCCUCACGCUCACUGAGCAGAAAUUGUUUCUUUUUUUUUCCCUUGAAACUUGCUAUUUCAGGUCACUUUUAGUUUUCCUGUGUGUGUUAGAGAGAUGAACACAGAGAACUAUUUGUCUGUUAUAAGAAAAAGAGCAGCAAAAGCGGUGAUAAAUGGCAACUGAAACUGCUUCAUAUACAGAUGAUAGAGUUUGGUGGGAUAUGGAUUUGCCAGAUAAAAGCCAGUGGGAUGAAACCACCUGUGACCUGGCUGGCUGUCAGCAUCCACAAUGCUGGGCAACUAUCCGCCGGAUUGAGAGGGGCCACCCUCGACUUCUGGACUCCUCCUCCAAAUCUUUUCUGGAUGCUGAAGACAAGCUCCCAGUGCUUACCAUUGUAAACAUCGCAGAUUCCUGCUUCCCGGCCAAGGGAGUUAUUUGUCGGCGUCACUUACCAGGAUUUACCUUCACAAAGGCUCGCUCACUAUUGAGUUCAAAGUUUGACUCCAAGUUUGAAGGCAGGAAGGAUUUACCUGACAGAGACUUAAUGAACCGUGCUGAUAGAUCUCCCAAAGUAAGUCACAGAUUAAAAAAGCUAUCAGUGCUGAAUUUGAAUGAGACAAAGCUUCCUUGUCCUCAAGAUGUAGGAAAUAUGGAUGUCAUCUGGAUCCCAGAGAAGCAUGUGAGCCCAGCUGAGGAGAAGCAUAUUAUUUGCAGCCAGGAUGGGAAUAUGAACAGAAAGAAAUCUCCAGGGAAACACAAGUUGGAACUUCCAGGGAUAAUUAUACCGCCUCCCACCCCAGCACACUUGUAUGAGCAACUAAGUUCAGAAUCCUUACCUUUAUGGAACCAAUUUGACAUGUUGCCUCAGGAUCUACUGAAGGACCUCUUGCUGGAUAAAGGGAAAACCAUACUUUAUCCAGAGAUGCGGACACAGUUGGCCAUGAUGAAAAAGAAACCUCCCUUGGAAAAGAGCCGACCCAACAGUGCCAUUUCUGCUAAGAUGUAUCUAUCUGUACACCGUCUCACCCUACAAAAACCAGCAUUGCGAUAUCCUGAACAUUUGAAGAAACACUAUUCUAACCUGAAAACGGAUGGUCAUAGGAAGCAGCAGCGGCAGCAACAGAGGAAGGCGAAGACAGCCACUAGGAAACAGGAGGCUAAAAGGAGAUGCAAGAGUGAACCAGGGAGCCACAACACCUCGCACAAACAUUCAGGUGCCAUGGUUUGUGACCCACGCUGUGGUCACAAAACUCUACGAGGUCAGGAAAGCAACAAAAAGCAGCAGCAGCAGAUGAAGACAGAAGGCCCCACCUUGAAACAGGAUUCCACAGAGAGACCACAGACAAACGUUGCUAAGAAAUCCCUGGACUCCUCCCGCAGUAAGAAGAGUCCCGAAUUAUCCCAAAUAGAAUACACUAAGAAGGACAUCAAGACUCAGAUGGAGAUUUUGCUGGAAGACCAAAUGAGGUCCCCAAAGAGUGCUUCUAGCAUUAGCUGGAACCCGGAGCUCAAACUGCUGAGGAUUCUUCAGGCCACAGAUGAAGAGGACGAGGAGACCCACCCCUCGGGCACAGAGUGAAGUGUCCGAGGUGUAGGCGGAAGGAUGCUCGGGCUCCCAAGCACAGCGGCCUUGGACAUGAGGGCAGGAAGGAGCGAGGACUUCGACUCCCUGGAGCCCUUGCCAGGGUCUGACCUUAGGGAUUCUGUUUUCUUCAUUUGCUUCUACUUGCUUCUGAAAUAAAUGAGAGAGAGAAAAAGCCCUUUCUAACUUAGAUUGUUUCUGUCCCUUUAGGGCCCAGGGUAAUUUUAAUGAUUAAACACAGCCGCUGCUUAUCAAUA